UGGACGCUUGUGUUUGGGUCUCACUGAGCACGAGGUCCUCAGGUCCCUCGACACUGCAGCGUGUCACCUCGCUCUUGCUUGUGGCCAAGGGACACUCAAACCCGUGCAUGGACCAUGCUGCGUGUCCCUUGGUCCCCACGGAGCCCGCUGAGCACGCGGGCACCUGCGCUCCUGCUCCGGGUGUGCCACCGGCUAUAGCAUGACAGGCCCCGGGGCCCAGGGCCUGUCCCCUGUGGGGACUCGGGCAACGGCCGCGUCCAGGUAGACCCAGGGGCUGGGGACCUCCUGGCCCCACGCACCACGCAAAGGUGACUCCCGUGCUGUCCCAGGCUAGGACACCAACUGCGGGCACUGAAGGCCUCCCCAGGCUGCAGAGGGAGGAAGGGCCAGGGUGGGACCAGGGCCGGCCCCGCCCUGUUGCCAGGUGACCUUUGUCGCUGUCAACAAUGGCCCCAGAGGCCUUCUUGGCGGGAACCUGCAGGGACACAGAGGCAGACAUGCAGACCCUGAGGCAGGAGGCCGCCCGGCCCUACGUCCCCCUGGGCACCCUUGAGGUCGACUUCCCGCCCCCUCUGCACAGCGAUGACUACCAGUCCCUGGAGGGGCCCCGCUGGACACCAGCCAUCCAGCAGGCCACGCGCUGGAAGUACUCGCCCAUGGGACGCGACGCAGCAGGCCAGGCGUGGUACACGGGGCUGACCAACGCGGACCCCCGGGAGGCCUGGUACACCCUGCCCCGGGCCCAGGACAGCCCGCACCGCGAGGCUUACUCCCGCUGGCACCGAUGCUACGGCCACCGGGAGCGGAGCCUGCCCCCGGCCGACACGCAGCGCCUGCGGGAGACCGCCUGGUUCGACCCCUGCACGCCCGCGCAGUACCGCAGCCCCAGCGCGCGGUGGGGGAGCGCGCAGUGGAGGGACAGGCCCAUGCGGGGCAAGGACUAUGUGGUCCACAGGAACCGCUUCAAGGCGGAGCCGCCCUCGCCCGCCACAGACUACGUGCCGCAGCUGUCGGUGCCCCAGCGCCCGCGCUACACCACGCAGGACUACCGGCGGUGGGACCUGGACCCCUACUGCGCCGCCACCGGCCAGCAGGCCGCGCCCGCCCUCACGCCCACCUUCUGAUAAAGCUCGCUCUGCCCAGCCGCUGCCCGUCCACCACCUCUCAGCUCCGCCCAGGGGGGUCUGCCCACGCUUGGGGCCGCAGCCACCAGGCGCAGGUGACCGGAGGACCCACCAGCGGGCGUGGCACACGGCUACCCCCUCCCACGUCAGCUCCCUGGGUCCCUGUCCGUCCCCAUGAAACAGGAGCCGCACCCUGUGGAAGCUCUUUAUUCACACCCCAGUGGGUCCCCGAGCCCCAGGGGCAGCACAGCGGCCACCACACCAGGCUGUCCCACGCCCCCAGGGCCUGGUCUCCUAGUAGGAUCAGGGCACCAAGCAAACUCAGAGACUCCCAGGACGGAAGUGAGGAGCACACUGGGCUGGGCACCCCUGUGGGACCCUCGCUGCCACCCCCAGAGGCAGGGCAGCCACAUGGUCCAUAGGGCUGGGAGGGGGGAGGGCUGGGGCAGGCCCCUGGUUGUCGGCACACCGUCCCCUCCCCAGCAGGGCUGAGCCCUGGGUCGUCCGUCCUGCCCACGCCGCCAGGCAGGGCCAGAUGGGGAGCCAGGAAGCCAGGGCGGUGGGGCUUCCCGGAGGCCUGAGGCGCCUGGGGGGGUGCAGUGGUCCCUUGGCACGGCUGCAGGAGGCCGGGGACGGUCAGGGCCGCUCUCCAGGGUCCCCUGGAAGGAAGGGGUGAGGGUGGCAUAAGGAGGAGGCCCCCCCACUGCCCCGCAGCCCCCUCCUCCCACUGGCUGGCUGUGCCCGGUGGAGGAGGGGAGGUGACUCACGGCUCCGAAGGUGGAUGGGCCACAUGACCAGGCUGCACAGAGCCAGGGUGGCCACCACGCCCACGCCGCCAGUCACAGCCACCAUCACCCAGUGGUAGAAGCCCACACAAGCCGUGCAGCAGAGCUCCGACCUGUCGGGACAGAAGGCCGGGAGGACACCUGAGGCCACGCCCUGAGGCCACUGGGGUGCCAGCUCCCGCCCUCACUCACAGCCUGUCCUCCCCACAGCAGCCACCAGAGGGCACCUGACUCAGGCCCCUCCUCUGCCCGCAGCCCUCCGUCUCCCACCUCCCUCUGGGUCAAAGCUCAGGUCCUCCCUGCAGCCCGCGGGUCCUGCACCACCUGCCUGGGAGCCCCUCUGCCUGCCUCCUCCCCGCCUCGCCGUCCGCUCCAGCCGGACACCUCACUGCGCCUCCAUCACGCCCCUCAGCCCUGCCCAGGGCCUUUGCGCAGCUGUGCCUCCUCACUGGCCCAGAACCGGGCACCCUCCAGGUCCUCGGGAAGCUAGAAAGGCCCUGUCCUGAGGGCCAGGCCUCCACAGGCCAGCUCACUGCACCCAGCCCGGCCUCAACCCACGUCCACGUCUGCAGUUUCCUGAUGGGCUGGCCGGCCGCCAAGGCUCCCAAGUGCUGCCCGUGCCACCCCAGAACCAUCUGCCUCUGGAACCUGCGUCUGCAGCCUGAGUCCCCUGACCCCG